AUGCCAUUCCCUGCCCCACCCCCCAUCACCACCGCCUCCAUCGCCUUCACGACCCCCCACCACCUCCGCCACCCCGCCCUCACCCUCCACCACCGUCUCCGUCGCCUUCACCACCCCUCCACCACUCCAUCACCACCGCCACCAUCGCCUUCGCCACCCGCCUCACCCCUCCACCACACCAUCACCACAGCUCCAUCGCCUUCACCACCACCUCCACCACCUCCGUCACCACCGCCACCAUCGCCUUCGCCCCCGCCCUACCCCCUCCACCACGCCUCCGUCGCCUUCACCACCCCUUCCACCACCUCCGUCACCACGCCACCAUCGCCUUCGCCCCGCCGGCCUCACCGCCUCACACCGCCCCCAUCACCACCGCCUCCAUCACCUUCACACCCCCCUCCACCCACCUCCGUCACCAACCGCCACACGUCGCCUUCGCACCACACCAGCCCUCACUGCCUCUCACCACCACCUCCGUUACUUCACACACCCCGCCCUCAACCCGUCACCACACGCCUCCAUCGCUUCACCACCCCUCCACUACCCCGUCACCACCGCCUACUCGGCCUCCACCACCCCCGUCACCAUACCCUCCCUCCACCACCCCCGUCACCACCCGCGCCUCCCUUCACCACCCCCACUCUCAACCACCCCCAUCUCCACCUCCAUCACCACACCGCUACCAUUGCCUUCACACCUCCUCCACCACCCCGUCCACCGCCUCCAUCGCCCUCACCACCCCCGCCCUCACCCCUCUACCACCUCCAUCACCGCCUUCUCCACCAUUACUCCACUAAUCCCCCUUCCACCUAUCUUCCCCAUCUCGCCUCCACCACCACGUCCAACACUUCCAUCAACUCUCUGCCAAGCUCCAACACCAAGUCCUUUGACCCUUCCUCCGACCUCCAUCACCAAGCCCCAUCAACCCUCCACCAACUCCCUCACACAGCAUCCAUACCACACCCAUCACCGGUUCCAUCAAACCCUCCACUAGCUCCAUCACCGGCUCCAUCAACCCCUCUACCAGCUCCAUUACCGGCUCCAUCAACUCCUCCACCACUUCCAUCAACUCCUCUGCCAGCUCCAACACCAAGUCCAUUGGCCCUUCCUCCAAUUCCAUCACCAAGCCCAUCAACCCCUUCACCAGCUCUAUCCCCCAGCCCAUCAACCCCUCCACCAGCUCCAUCGCCGGCUCCAUCAACCCCUCCACCAGCUUCAUCACCAGGCCCAUCAACCCCUCCACCAGCUCCAUCGCCGGUUCCAUCAACCCCACCACUAGCUCCAUCGCCGGUUCCAUCAAACCCUCCACCAGCUCCAUCACCAACUCCAUCAACCCCUCCACCGGCUCCAUCACCAACUCCAUCAACCCUUCCACCACCUCCACCACUUCCAUCAACUCCUCUGCCAGCUCCAACACCAAGUCCAUUGACCCUUCCUUCAAUUCCAUCACCAAGCCCAUCAACCCCUUCACCAACUCCAUCCCCUGGCCCAUCGACCCCUCCACCAGCUUCAUCGCCGGCUCCAUCAACCCUUCCACCAGUUCCAUCACCACGCCCAUCAACCCCUCCACCAGAUCCAUCGCCGGCUCCAUCAACCCUUCCACCAGUUCCAUCACCAGGCCCAUCAACCCCUCCAAUAUCUCUAUCGCCGGCUUCAUCAACCCCACCGGUUCCAUCACCAUGGCCUUCAACCCCUCCACCAGCUCCAUCACCGAGUCCGUCAAACUGUCCACGACGACUACUCUCCUCGACAUCCUGACUAUUAGAACCCCUACACAACACUGUCACCUACUAGAGAUCAUUAAUCAAAUACUGGGAGCUAUAAUUUAAGAAUUCUAAUAGAAAUCUAAUGAGGAGUGCCACGUAAUAAUGUGAUUUUUAACUUAUGUAUUUUUCUUUUUUAUUUUUAUUUUUUUUGUUUCCCACGUCACUAUCACUGCCCCAGACUAAUACUGUAAUGGAACCUACAUUACUAAAAAUAAAGGGCCACAGUGUUAUACUUGUAUCUUUUUGACAGCUUCAUUAACUGUUUAAUGGAUAAACGCUAUAUAUUUC